UGCGCCUCAACCUCUUCGGUUUCUUAAUGCUAACGUUCGUGAAUUGUGAAGUUUGUCAUUUUCAGAGGAAAAAAAAUCCACACCCGUAGACAUCGGACGUCAAGGUAGGAGCAAUGCCAUUGGACGACACGGUCUCACCUCACGGCAUUUACUCAACCGCAGUUUCCUCCGGGCUCCCUAGUUGCAUAAUUCUCACUAAGCAGGGGUAGUGUUACGCACCUCCUCGUGCCUUCGGGUUCGAAUAAAAUGGGACGGGGGCUACAGCGGUAGUCAGACGUAGAAUAACUGGGUGCGGGAAGCUCGUGCUCGGACGGUCAGUGCAUUUCUCUUUAAUGUGUAUUAUAACGUGUGAGCGGCCUUUCUAAAGGGGCGGGCGCUGAAACGGAAUUUGCAUCCUGCGCUCUGAUUGGGCGUCGCGUUGGGAGCUGUCGACAGCAAUGACUUCCGAAAUGCUGGAAGGGCUGAAGAUAUUUCGAGGACUAGCGCAGGAAGGAUAAACAGCGCUUUAAAUACAGUAUCCGCACACUGUACGCCGUGUACUUUAUUUGGAGGCGCGGGGCCAAUUUGUUGCAUUUGCAAUGUUUUCCGGACGCCUGAUUGAAUGACGAUCGUGCCGCAUUCUCGUCUGGCUUGUACGGGUGGCUGCAGUCCUCCGGAAAGGCUGCCACUGAGCAGUCUGCCGGCCCUGUCUUUCAGAGCCAGACCAUGAAUUACGUGGGCCAGCUGGCUGGGCAGGUCUUUGUGCAGGUGAAGGAGCUGUACCGAGGCCUGAACCCUGCAACGCUGUCGGGCUGCAUCGACGUCAUCGUGGUGCGCCAGGCGGACGGGACGCUCCAGUGCUCCCCGUUCCAUGUUCGCUUCGGGAAGAUGGGUGUAUUCCGGUCACGUGAGAAAUUGGUGGAUAUAGAGAUCAACGGGGAGCCAGUGGACUUGCACAUGAAACUGGGGGAAAAUGGGGAGGCCUUCUUUGUGAAGGAGACGAAGAAUGAUCAGGAAGUCGUACCUGCAUACCUGGCCACCUCCCCCAUCCUGUCAGAUGGCGCAGCCCUGAUGGGGGCGCAGCUGGGCAAGGGCCUGGCCCGUCAUUCCGACUCGCCGGCCGGGCCCCCAGUCCAGGCCCUGGGGCCCCUGCAGUCUGCCGGCGAGAAGAAGAGGAGGAAGCGGCGGAGGAAGUCGAAGGUGGACAGCCUAAAGCGGGAAGACAGCGCCAAGUCCUCGGAGGCUGAAGACAUGUUCUCCAUCGAAAUGAGCUCCGACGAGGAAAAGGAGAUGGACAGCAGCAGGAAUUCUUCACGCGAAGCCUUCACAGAGGAGGGGGCUAGUGGAAGCCCCUCCUGCAGUAUAUUCAAGCAGGAUGCCAUUUAUGCACGUUCUGAUGGGGACUGGUCACCACUGCACAGCCCCGGCACCUCCCGGCCUUCCACACCGAAGAGCGACUCAGAGCUGGUCACCAAACCGUCAGACAAGGAGAAGCAGGCCAAGCCCGAGAUGCUGUGGGCUUGGGGAGAACUUCCACAGGCUGCUAAGCCAAGCCUCUUCUCAGAGUCACCACUGAAGGCUCCUGUGUCGGUCCCCGUGUCAGAGAGCACCCACUUCAGGGUAAUUUCAGGGGACUGCCCUCCGGAGCAGCAGGAGGACUCCCCCCCACUGCUGGGCCUGUUUCUUCCGGAGCCCAUGGAUGCCGAGGCGGUGGAGCCAGUGAGGGUGGAGCUUGGCGCUCAUCUGAUGUCAGAGGUGGAGGAGGAGAGACACAGCCCAGGGUCCCGUCCACUCGGCAAGACAGACUCCCCAUCCAAGAAAAAAGAUAAGAGGAGUCGUCAUCUUGGAUCAGACGGCGUUUAUCUGGAUGACCUUACAGAGAUGGACCCUGAGAUGGCCGCCCUUUACUUCCCUAAAAGUGAUGGAGCUGGUGCUGCCAUGGGAACGGUGGAAAGCAUGGUGCACAGUGCCAGCAUGUCCCCACAGUCUGUCAGCAGCUCUGGAAUGGACAGUGGCGUCGACAGCUACUCUGACCAAAUAGGCGACCUGCCCUCAAUCGCCAUCUCCCUGUGUGGGGGUCUCACUGACAACAAAGAAAUUACAAAAGAACAAUUUCAGGAAAAAGCAAUAACAUACCAGCAGUUUGCCGAAAAUCCAUCCAUCAUCGAUGACCCGAACUUGGUAGUGAAGAUCGGAACCAAGUACUACAACUGGACUACUGCUGCCCCUCUGAUGUUAGCGAUGCAGGCAUUCCAGAAGCCUCUGCCUAAGGCCACAGUGGAGAACAUCAUGAAGGAGAAGAUGCCCAGGAAGGGAAGUCGCUGGUGGUUCUCGUGGCGCGGGAGGAACAGCAGCAUUAAGCCAAAUUCUGCUCCAGAAGAGGGAGGCAGCAGUGGGAUUGACACAGGACAUAUUUCCUCUGUAAACAGGCUGAAGGACGAGUCGUCAUCCAGUGAUGACGAACAGAGAACACCCAAGCACACCCCUGUCUCCACCCAGCCAGAUCCUCAGUUAACCCCAGGGGGCGUGUCCUAUAAGAAGACCCUCCGCCUCACAUCUGAGCAGCUGGUCAGCCUGCAGCUGAAGGACGGACCAAACGACGUAGUGUUCAGCGUCACCACUCAGUACCAGGGCACCUGCCGCUGUGAGGGCACCAUCUACCUGUGGAGCUGGGAUGACAAAAUCAUCAUCUCUGACAUCGAUGGCACUAUUACCAGGUCCGACACCUUGGGCCAUAUUCUGCCGACGCUGGGCAAAGACUGGACCCACCAGGGCAUCGCGCACCUGUACCAUAAUGUCAGCCAGAAUGGCUACAAGUUUCUGUACUGUUCUGCCCGUGCCAUCGGCAUGGCCGGCAUGACCCGGGGGUACCUGCACUGGGUCAAUGAGAGGGGCACCAUGUUGCCCAUGGGCCCAGUCCUGCUCAGUCCCAGCAGCCUUUUCUCUGCCCUGCACAGGGAAGUAAUUGAAAAGAAGCCGGAGAAGUUUAAAAUCGAAUGUUUGACAGAUAUAAAACAGCUGUUCCAUCCAAACACGGAGCCGUUUUAUGCAGCUUUCGGAAACAGACCUACAGAUGUGUACUCCUACAAAGAAGUUGGCGUUCCCCUGAACAGAAUAUUUACUGUGAAUCCGAAAGGGGAGCUGGUUCAGGAGCACGCCAAGACCAACAUUUCCUCGUACGUGCGGCUCGGCGAGGUGGUGGAUCACAUCUUUCCCCCCAUGAGGCGCGGCGAUUCCUCCGACUUCCCUUGCUCUGACACCUUCAGCCAGUUCACAUACUGGAGGGAACAGCUGCCCGAGGUGAAAAGCGACGACGAGCACCUGGAGCUCAGCUGAAUCGGUCCAACCCCCUCCCCAUCCAUGCGGGCAGAUUCAUGCAGUCGUGCGCAGAGAGCGCAGAUCUGCACAGAUUUUCAGAGACAGCAGCUAAGGACAAGAACCUUGUUACAGACUAAGAAGCACUUUUCAGUUGUUCAAAUUCAGUUGUCUUACACAUUAUCCUUUAAUGGUAAUGCUUUCCCUUACCUCAAAUGGUCUUGUGAAUUUCAGCUAAAAACAGCAGUAUAUAGUUGGUGGUUUUUUCAUAGGCUAAGUAAUACAACUGUACAGUUUUACCAUUAUAAAUUUAAUGCUUAAACCAGGAAAAAAAAUUCAGCUACAUGUGAGGUCAGCGUGAGGCUAAACUGGUGCCAAACAUUUUAGUGAAAUACAUCAUUUGUUCAAUUAUCUUUCAUAUUUAAAUAUCUAUUUAUAGUUUUUAAUUAGUUGGUCUUGAAAAAACACGGAGAAUCAUCAACAUCCAGUUCAGAGGUCAGUAUUUUUGUGCAUGCUGCUGAUUACUAUAAUUGUUUUUCAACAAUUAAAGUUCGUACAGAAAAUGCCCCCUUGAUAAAUGUAAUUCAAGUAAACCUUGGGAUGUAUUUAGACCAGCCUGAUAUUUUGCUUCUCUGUUUCACAUGGUUUUCAGACAUACAUUAUUUACAUUCCACAUAAUGAAGUACGUUUUGGUUAAAUUUGUAAAUCAAAAUGACCUGUAAUACUAGGUUACUAUUAUGAUUGAGUUCUGACAAUCGAGCAAAAGCCGAGAGCAUCUAUGCCCGCGAAAGUCACCCAUUUCCUGAGGGGUCAGUAUGCGUCUUACUGCCUCACCUAAGCACCAAAUGCCGCACUCUGAGUCUCUGUCUCCCUGUGGAUUCAGAUAGAUGUAAACACUGUAUCCUUAUCCUGUUAAAUUACCCUGUGCAAUUUUAACUGAGUCAGGAUGCUACAACUGCGAAGGUGUUUAUACUCAUUUCUUGACUUUCAAAAACUUAAGGCUGCUUUAACCCUAAUUUUUUACCUGUGACGUAAAGGAUGGAAAAGUUGUGAAAUGGACAAAAAUGGCCUCCUUGACUGCGUCGAUUGCUGCAAUGCCUUUGCUCAGCUUGGAAAGGUAGUUAUGAGGAUGAAGGUUGACACAUAAGCAUAGGAUUCAUAAAAAUUCUCAGAAAGAGUGAAUUGUAAUCUGGAUGGGUAAAUAAAACUUUUAAACAUUUAAACUUUUUAAUGUAGCAAAGACAGCAUGUGUGUUCAUGGUGUCUCCGUUCUUGCAGUGGAAAAUGUAUACAUGUGAAUUCAAAUGUAUGAAAAAAACACAUAAUUUAUUUAUACAGUUCAUAUUGUAUAUAUUCAAGACCAUUCUACUUUUACAAAACUGCUACUUUAAUAUUACAGAUUAUGAAAAUUCUGCAAAGGUUACACCCACAUAGAAUAACAUAAACAUGCAUAAUGUAAUGUAUGUCUUUUUAAGCACAAAUAAUUUAAUGACAUUUUUUGAGCUUUGCUGCAAGAGAGUAUAGCUUUUAAAAAUAUUGUAUAUUAAUACAAUUGUAUAAAGACUGAAUAUUAACAAUCUAAUGUAUUAAAUAGGGGGCGGCAUGGUGGUGCAGUGGUUAGCACUGUUGCCUCACACCUCUGGGACCCGGGUUCAAGUCUCUGCCUGGGUCACAUGUGUGCGGAGUUUGCAUGUUCUCCCCAUGUCGUCGUGGGGUUUCCUCCGGGUACUCCGGUUUCCCCCCAUGGUCCAAAAACAUGCUGAGGCUAAUUGGAGUGGCUAAAUUGCCCGUAGGUGUGCAUGUGUGAGUGAAUGGUGUGUGAGUGUGCCCUGCGAUGGGCUGGCCCCCCAUCCUGGGUUGUUCCCUGCCUCGUGCCCAUUGCUUCCGGGAUAGGCUCCGGACCCCCCGCGACCCAGUAGGAUAAGCGGUUUGGAAAAUGGAUGGAUGGAUGGAUGUAUUAAAUAAGGGUUGAAUGUGUACAGAGUUUCAUAUUAACAGAUUCUUCUUUCGUGUGUUAUAUGGUAUUACUGUUUUUUUUUUUUUUUACUAUAUCACAUCAGAUACAUUUACUGUACAUAACAAUCACAAAUAAGUCAUUGUUAAGAUGCAAUAUUAAGUCAGUAUAGCACUAAAACUCCCUGGAUCAUUUAUAUAUUUCAGUCUCUGAAAUGACAGACACACUGCUAACUGUUCACCACACAAAUCCUUAGGGGGGGGGGGGGGGGAGGAUCUUGUUGAAAUUGUAUGGACUAUGUAAAAUUGUGUUACUCUUUCUGUGAAAGAUCUGUAUUGCAAUAAGUUUUGUAUUGCCUCAUCUGUCACUGAUACUGUUGAAUGUAUUAUGACUUUCAGACAUACAGAAUGACUAUAGAUUGAUGUGCCAACUUUGGGUUUGUUUAUAUCUGCUCUUAUAUUUACUUCAAUAAAGUACUUUGGGAGAGAA